AUGGGAGUUGCCAGUGGCUCUGACCGGGAUGCUGCAGCAAUUGGGGGUUUAAUCGGGUGUGUUUGGGGGAUACUUGGAGCUAUUCUCCUUGCAACAGCUCAGAAUAUUGCAUGGUUUGCGUUUGCACGAGUUAUCAGCGGCAUCGGAUGUGGCUAUUUGAACACAAUUGUUCCAGUCUGGACCUCUGAGCUGGCUCCAGCUAAUAUGCGAGGAGCAUUCGUGGCAGUCCAAUUCACCCUUGCAAUGGUCGGAUCCGCCAUGGUGUACUGGGCGGAGUAUGCAUGUGUCAAAACCCAAUCUCUUUCCUUCGCCUGGAGAUUCCCUAACGCUUUUCAAGUCGUAUUCCUCAUCGCUCUGCUCAUUUUCGGACCCUUUUAUCCAGAGUCCCCCAGAUACCUGGCUAAAAUUGGAAAAGUCGACCAAGCAAAAGCGAUUCUGGAACAAUGUCGAACUACAUCAGACCCAGCGAUGAUACAAACAGAAAUGGACGAGAUUCUUGAUGCAAUCCAAAUUGAGUCAACUGUCUCCAAUGCAAGCUUCUACAGCAUGCUCUUCACAAAUGAUAAACUGCAUACUCGCCGCCGAGUGUUUUUAGGCGCCGGGGUCCAAAUAAUGCAGAAAUUCACAGGUAUCGACUUCAUUGCUGUAUAUGCUCCGAAUAUCUUUGCCUUCUCUGGGUUUAAAGGAGAUACCCCUGCUCUGCUCGCAGAGACAGCAAACCGGCAUUUGGAAGACCUCGACCUAUUAUUUGCAAGUAAAAGCAAUCUCGUUUGGCGUGCAGAGAAAGAGUUCGCUGAAGCAAAAGCUUCUUAG